ACCCUUCCUGCUGGUGGUGCCCCUGUCCACGCUAGUCUCCUGGCAGAGGGAGAUCCACCUGUGGGCCCCCCUCAUGAACGUUGUGGUCUACCUGGGUGACAUCAGCAGCCGGGGCAUGGUAGGUUAUGGCUGUAGGGAUGGAUAUGAUAGAUAUACAGUAUUCUGAUUCUAUGGGUGUCGAUACACCAUCAUCAAUAGAUGCAUCCCAAAUGGCAUUAUUUUCAGCUUUAUAGUGCACUACUUUUAACCAGGUCCCGUAUGGCUCUGGUCAAAAGUAGUGCACUAUAUAGCGAACAGGAUGCCAUUUGGGAUGCAUACAAUAACUCAAAACUGAUGAGAGGAUGAUAAUGGUCUCUUUUAAGAAGUUCGUCCUUCUUUUAGAGCCUGCGCUCACAAAACAUUGUUGUAUAACACUUUGCUUUAAAUUCGAAUAUACAUUGAACAAAUAUAAAAACGCAACAUCCAACAAUUUAAAAUAUUUUACUGAGUUACAGUUCAUAAAGUAAAUCAGUCAAUUGAAAUGAAUACACUGAACAAAAAUAUAAACGCAACAUGUAAAGUGUUGGUCCCAUGUUUCAUGAGCUGAAAUAAGAGCCCAGAAAUUGUCCAUAUGCACAAAAACCUUUUGUCUCUCAAAUGUUGUGCACAAAUUUGUUUACAUACCUGUUAGCAAGCAUUUCUCCUUUGCCAAGAUAAUCGAUCCACCUGACGUGUGGCAUAUCAAGAAGCUAAUUAAACAGCAUGAUCAUUACACAGGUGCAUCUUGUGCUGUGGACAAUAAAAGGCCCCUCUAAAAUGUGCAGCUUUGUCACAACACAAUGCCACAGAUGUCUCAGGUUUUGAGGGCGCGUGCAGUCGGCAUGCUGACUGCAGGAAUGUCCACCAGAGCUGUUGCCAGAGUAUUGAAUGAGCAUUUCUCUACCAUAAGCCGCCUCCAACGUUGUUUUAGAGAAUUUGGUAGUAUGUCCAACUGGCCUCACAACCGCAGACCACGUGUAACCACCCGGACAGCUGAUGAAACUGUGGGUUUGCACAACCAAAGAAUUUCUGCACAAACUGUCAGAAAGCGUCUCAGGGAAGCUCAUCUGCAGGCUCGUUGUCUUCACCAGGGUCUUGACCUGACUGCAGUUCGACAUCGUAUCCGACUUCAGUGGGCAAAUGCUCACCUUCGAUGGCCACUGGCACGCUGGAGAUGUGUGCUCUUCUGCUGAAUCCCAGUUUCAACUGUACCGGGCAGAUGGCAGACAGCGUUGUAUGGUGUCGUGUGGGUGAGCGAUUUGCUGAUGUCAGUGUUGUGAGCAGAAGUGCCCCAUAGUGGCUGUGAGGUUACGGUAUGGGCAGGCAUAAGCUACGGACAACACAGAGAUAACGUGAAGAUACCCUGAGGCCCAUUGUCGUGCCAUUCAUCUGCCGCAAUCACCUCAUGUUUCAGCAUAAUGCACAGCCCAUUGUCACAAGGAUCUGUGACCAACCGAUGUAAUGAAUUUAUUUCAAUUGACUGAUUUCCUUAUAUGAACUGUUAACUAAGUAAAAUCGUAGAAAUUGUUGCAUAUUGUGUUUUAUAUUUUUGUUCAGUAUAAAUUCAUUGGGCCCAAAUCUAUGGAUUUCACAUGACUGGGAAUACAGAUAUGCAUCUGUUGGUCUCAGAUACCUUAAUAAAAAGGUAGGGGCGUGGAUCAGAAAACCAGUCAGUAUCUGGUGUGACCACCAUUUGCCUCAUGCAACGUGACACAUCUUCGAAUAGAGUUGAUCAGGCUGUUGAUUGUGGCCUGUGGAAUGUUGUCCCACUGCUCUUCAAUGGCUGUGCGAAGUUGCUGAAUAUUGGCGGGAACUGGAAUACGCGGUCGUACAGUGCAUUCGGAAAGUAUUCAGAUCCCUUGACUUUUUCCACAUUUUGUUACGUUACCGCCUUAUUCUAAAAUGGAUUAAAUCAUUUUUUUUCCCUCAUCAAUCUACACACAAUACCCCAUAAUGACAAAGGAAAAACAGAUUUAUAUACAUUUUUGCAACUUAAUAAAAAAUAAACAGAAAUAUUACAUUUACAUAAGUAUUCAGACCCUUUACUCCGUACUUUGUUGAAGCACCUUUGGCAGUGAUUACAGCCUCGAGUCUUCUUGGUUAUGAUGAUACAAGCUUGGCGCACCUGUAUUUGGCGAGUUUCUCCCAUUCUUUUCUGCAGAUCUGCGGGCUGUCUUGUGCCUUUUACUGAGGAGUGGCUUCCGUCUGGGUACUCUACCAUAAAGGCCUGAUUAGUGGUGUGCUGCAGAGAUGGUUGUCCUUGUGGAGGUUUUUCCCAUCUCCAGAGAGGAACUCUGGAGCUCUGUCAGUGACCAUUGGGUUCUUGGUCACCUCCCUGGCCAAGGCCCUUCUCCCCCGAUUGCUCAGUUUGGCCGGGCGGCCAGCUUUAGGAAGAGUACUUUCCGAAUGCGCUGUACACAUCGAUCCAGAGCAUCCCAAACAUCGUCAAUGGGUGACAUAUCUGAGUAUGCAGGCUAUGGAAGAACUGGGACAUUUUCAGCUUCCAGGUAUUGUGUACAGAUUCUUGCGACAUUGGGUCGUGCAUUAUUUACAUUUACAUUUUAGUCAUUUAGCAGACGCUCUUAUCCAGAGCGACUUAGUUAGUGAAUGCAUACAUAUAUUUUUCUUACAUGCCCCCCGUGGGAAUCGAACCCACAACCCUGGCGUUGCAAGCGCCAUGCUCUACCAACUGAGCUACACGGGACUCCUUAUCAUGCUGAAACAUGAUGUGAUGGCGGCGGAUCAAUGGCACGACAAUGGGCUUCAGGAUCUCGUCACGGUAUCUCUGUGCAUUCAAAUUGCCAUCGAUAAAAUGGCAUUGUGUUCGUUGUCCGUAGCUUAUGCCUGCCCAUACCAUAACCCCACCGCCACUAUGGGGCACUUCUGUUCACAACACUGACAUCAGCAAACAGCUCACCCAAACGACACCAUACACGCUGUCUGCCAUCUGCCCGGUACAGUUGAAACCGGGAUUCAGCCGUGAAUAGCACACUUCUCCAGUGUGCCAGUGGCCAUCGAAGGUGAGCAUUUGCCCACUGAAGUCUGUUACGAUGCCGAACUCCAGUCAGGUCAAGACCCUGGUGAAGACGACGAGCUUGCAGAUGAGCUUCCCCGACACUGUUUCCGACAGUUUGUGCAGAAAUUCUUCGGUUGUGCAAACCCACAGUUUCAUCAGCUGUCUGGGUGGCUGGUCUCAGACUAUCCCUAAGGUGAUGAAGCCGGAUGUGGAGUUCCUGGGCUGACGUGGUUACACGUGGUCUGCGGUUGUGAGGCCGAUUGGACGUACUGCCAAAUUCUCUAAAACAACGUUGGAGGCGGCUUAUGGUAGAGAAAUGAACAUUCCGUUCUCUGGCAACAGCUCUUGUGGACAUUUCUGCUGUCAGCAUGCCAAUUGCACGCUCCUUCAAAACUUGAGACAUCUGUGGCAUUGUGUUGUGUGACAAAACUGCACAUUUUAGAGGUGCCUUUUAUUGUCCCCUGCACAAUUGCACCUUAAUAUGCCACACAUGUGAUGUGAUGUGAUGAAUUAUCUUGGCAAUGGAGAAAUGCUCACUAACAGGGAUGUAAACAAAUGUGUACACACAAUUUUUGAGAAAUAAGCUUUUUGUGCGUAUGGAACAUUUCUGGGAUCUUUUAUUUCAGCUCAUGAACCAUGGAACCAACAAUUUACAUGUUGCGUUUAUAUUUUUGUUCAGUGUAGAUUAAUUGUCCUUACUGCGUUUAGCAUAUUAUGGUUUAUUUUGUCUUCAUAUGUUCUCUGUUAUUGGUUUAAGCUGAAUUUGACAUGAGAAAAUGAAGUGUGGUUUUUUAAAUUAAAUUUUUGACCCCGUCCUUGACUUAUCUUGAGUUGAGACUCCAUUUAAUUGCAAAAUCCUUUUGGUUUUUAGAUCCGAACGCAUGAAUGGAUGCACGUUCAGAACAAGAGACUUAAGUUAAACAUUCUGCUUACAACAUAUGAAAUUCUCCUCAAAGAUAAGGUAAGCCAGAAGCAGCAGCAAUUUCUUGCAUCUUUGUAUGUAACUUGUGAGCUGUGGAAAUAAAUUCCUCUUGAAGGACAAUAAACGUCAUUCAUCAAUAAAUCAUGUACGCAAUAAUCCUGAGCUGUUGUUAAUUGCGAAUUCUGGCAUCUUUAUUUAGUAUAAAUGACAUACAUAGUCAAAUGCACUGACUGUACCCAAGUGACUUACUGUCAAUAUUGUGACAGUAUGUUGCCCAUGCGGGAAUCAAACUCACAACCCUGGUUUCGCCAGCAAGCUGGCUCUAACUAACCCAAUGAGCCAUUGGCACCACAUUGUAUAGUUAACACUUUUUUGUCCGCUAUCCAGGGAUUCCUGGGCAACGUGCCGUGGGCCUUCAUCGGCGUGGAUGAGGCCCACCGGCUGAAGAAUGAUGACUCGCUGCUAUACAAGACCAUGAUGGACUUCAAGUCCAACCACAGGCUCCUCAUCACGGGCACACCGCUUCAGAACUCGCUCAAAGAGCUCUGGUCCCUGCUGCACUUCAUCAUGCCUGACAAGUAGGUCACCUAGCUACCUCACCAGUGUGUGUGUUGGGGGGGUGGGUGGGGUGUGUGUGUGUGUUAAGACUAACUGUCCUAUAUAAUUUCAUGUGGUGGCUGGGAAUCAAGGUACUGUCCUAGUUGAAAUAUGUUCCGUCCUUGUUCUGGGGCUUUCGGUCCUCAGAGAGCAGUGCUGAUGUCGGGUCUUCUGCCUGUGUGUGUACUUGUCUCUGCCUGCGUGUGUGUGUGCAUCUGUGUCUCUGUGUGUGUGUGUGUCUCUCUGCGCUCAUGCCCGUGUGUAUCCCUGUGUCUCUUCGUGUAUGUGUCUGUUCAGGUUCCACUCGUGGGAGAUAUUUGAGGAGGAGCAUGGGAAGGGCAGGGACUCUGGCUACACCAGUCUACACAAGGAGCUGGAGCCCUUUCUGCUGCGUAGAGUCAAGAAGGAUGUGGAGAAGUCUCUUCCUGCUAAAGUGGAGCAGAUCCUCCGAGUGGAGAUGAGCGCCAUCCAGAAACAAUACUACAAGUAAGAACAGACAGUACUUAUCCCUAGAAAAGAUGGAUACUACUCAUUCAGAAAUGGCACUACUAUUACGUCAUAUUGGAUACUUAACGUUAGGGGUGUGAACGUAAACGUUAAAAUGUUUAAGCGAAAUUGCGUUAACACACCCACUAACCAGUGGCGUGUAUUGAUGGAUGCCAGGCUUCCCCCAAAAAUGGACCAAGAAAAAAAUUUAACAACAGAAAAUUAUUUAUCUUUUGUCUCUCUGUGUUUCAUAAUUUUCCUUCAAUUCGUUGAGGCUGAAUGUAUCUCACAGGAGAAAGCAUAUAACGAGCAAAACAGCGCCCCUCUGUCUCUCUAGGUGUAGGCCAUCUAUCUGAUGCUGUCUGGUCCAAACGAAUAUGACAUGUUGCUGCCCGUAGCAUUGAAGGCAAGGGAAGCCAACGAGCAUCUGGCGACCCUUGACAAAAAAAGUAUACAAAAUGUAGCCAAUCAGCAUUGAGCUAAACUGAGCAAGCUCAACUGUGAAUGGUCCUGGCGCACCAAAAAAAGUGUCAAGGGAAGACAGCUUGGAUUUGGCGUCACUCCUGUGAAAUCCCAUUGAGAGCAUACGUCAUUGACAGAAAAACUUGAAUUGUUGCAUCUUGUUGUUGUUGUCCUCCGGUGGCUAGCUAGUCAGCUAGCUCAAAUUGGCCCUUUCCUAAAUUAGCCAUGGAUAGAGAUAGGGAUUUGGACGUGGUUUGACUUAAUUUUCCGUACUGGCCAAUGAUUAUAACAGCGAUUCUGAUCCAACAAUUAAUUCAUACUUUGUUGUGCCCCUGACCUGAGAGGAUGGAAGUUCAAAAUGUAGCUAGAUGUAGAAGGCUAAUGUUAACUAGCUAACAUUGCCCAUGAAUCAAAGUUAGGCUAGCGAGCAAGCAUUUUAGCCAAGUAGCCUAGGACAACAAAAAAUGUAAGCGUAUACUGUAUGACAUUGAUGGACCUUUUCGUCAACAUGAAAGAGAGGAGGAUGGCAUUGGCGUUUCACUACAAGUUUUGUCAACAUGUUUAUCUACUUGCACACGCACAGAAAUCCGAACCAUGGAUAGCCACAUCAUAUUUUGCUUAUGUUGAUUGGACUAAAUUGUUUUUGGUAUCUUUUAGUUAUUAGACUAAACAGAGGUGAUUUGAUGAUGAAGUUGAAAGGGUGCUGGAAUAGUUGUUUAGUGGUCCGAAAAUGUCGGAAACAUUAACCAUGCUGUAGGUCAUGUAACUGUCUAUUACUGUACAUGCAAUAUGCUUUGUGGACUUCACUGGACAGAGGUUGCUAUCUGGUUUUGUGAUAAAACAAUGGUGUGGUUGAAUUUAUUCUGCCACUGUGUCUUCUUAUUGUCUCAGCCUUUAGGCCUAUAUAUCAUGGUCGCAAGGCAUAUGAAUUAACAGGUUUCCCCAGUGAUUUUACCCACGCACCGCUACUGCCACUAACAGGUCCCAAUCAUCAUUAUAAAGAGAAACAUUUAAAUUAAACAAAUACCUAACAUAACAAUGAAUCUUUCAAAUUUGCCAUCAGUUGUGUUGUGACAAGGUAGGGGUGGUAUACAGAAGAUAGCCCUAUUUGGUAAAAUACCUAGUCCAUAUUAUGGCAUGAACAGCUCAAAUAAGCAAAGAGAAACGACAGUCCAUCAUUACUUUAAGACAUGAACGUCAGUCAAUUCGGGAAAUUUCUGUCGCAAAAACCAUCAAGCGCUAUCAUGAAACUGGCUCAUAUGAGGCCCGCCACAGAAAAGGAAGACCCAGAGUUACCUCUGCUGCAGAGGAUAAGUUAAUAAGAGUUACCAGCCUCAGAAAUUGCAGCCCAAAUAAAUGCUUCACAGAGUUCAAGUAACAGACAAAUCUCAACAUCAACUGUUCAGAGGAGACUGUGUGAAUCAGGCCUUCAUGGUUGAAUUGCUGCAAAGAAACUACUACCAAAGGACACCAAUAAGAAGAAGAGACUUGCUUGGGCCAAGAAACAAGAGCAAUUGACAUUAGACUGGUGGAAAUCUGUCCUUUGGUCUGAUGAGUCCAAAUUUGAGAUUUUUGGUUCCAACUGCCAUGUCUUUGUGAGACGCAGAGUAGGUGAACGGAUGAUCUCUGCACGUGUGGUUCGCACCGUUAAGCAUAGAGGAGGUGUGAUGGUGUGGGGGUGCUUUGCUGGUGACCGUGUCAGUGAUUUAUUUAGAAUUCAAGGCAACCUUAACCAGCAUGGCUACCACAGCAUUCUGCAGCGAUACGCCAUCCCAUUUGGUUUGCGCUUAGUGGGACUAUCAUUUGUUUUUCAACAGGACAAUGACCAAAACACACCUCCAGGCUGUGUAAUGGCUAUUUUACCAAGAAGGAGAGUGAUGGAGUGCUGCAUCAGAUGACCUGGCCUCCGAAAUCACCCGACCUCAACCCAAUUGAGAUGGUUUGGGAUGAGUUGGACCGCAGAGUGAAGGAAAAGCAGCCAACAAGUGCUCAGCAUAUGUGGGAACACCUUCAAGGCUGUUGGAAAAGCAUUCCUCAUGAACUGGUUGAGAGAAUGCCAAGCGUGUGCAAAGCUGUCGUCAAGGCAAAGGGUGGCUAUUUGAAGAAUCUCAAAUGUGUAUUUGUUUAACACUUUUUUGGUUACUACAUCAUUCCAUGUGUUAUUUCAUAGUUUUGAUGUCUUCACUAUUAUUAUACAAUGUAGAAAAUAGUAAACAUAAAGAAAAACCCUUAAAUGAGUAGGUGUCUCCAAACUUUUGACUGGUACUGUAUAUACUUGCACAUAUUUUACAAGUGUAGUAGAUGUCGUUUUGUUUUUACAACUUUCUCACUGUUUAUCCAGGGAUGUAAACGGGCUGAGAGUGAGCAGGGAGGCAGGUGGAGAGAGAGAGGGGGGACAGGCAAAGAGAGAGAGAAGGGGGGGCAGGCGGAGAGAGAGAGAGAGAAGGGGGGGCAGGCGGAGAGAGAGAGAGAGAGGUGGGACAGGCAGAGAGAGAGAAGGGGGGGCAGGCAGAGAGAGAGAGAGGGGGGACAGGCAGAGAGAGAGAAGGGGGGCAGGCAGAGAGAGAGAGAGAAGGGGGCAGGCGGAGAGAGAGAGAGAGAAGGGGCGCCCACUCUCUCUUUCGCUCUCUCUCUCCCUGCAACUUUUUGCAUCUCUGCGCCUGUUUGCAUCCCUCUGAGUGCUGCAGCUCCAGGUUUGAGGCCCUCCGCAGCUUUCUGGCUGUACAGUUCGAGGUGCUUGAGUCAUUCGCAGUCUACCUGCUCCCCUAGGCUCCCUGUUGCACUAGCAACCUUCAGUUUUACUGUCGGCAGCUAGGCUGGGGGGCGGACAAUUUUAUCCAGAGCGACUUACAGGAGCAAUUACUGUUAAGUGCCUUGCUCAAGGGCACAUCGACAGAUUUUUCACCUCAGAGAUUUGAACCAGCCAUUUUUCGGUUACUGGCCCAACACUCUUAACCGCUAGGCUACCUGUCGCCCUUCACACACCCCUUUAAUUUCUCUGGGACUUUGGGGGCUUCUUCGGGAGUGUGCAAUGUUGCAGAACGAACAGCUAGAUAUCGAAGGUGUACUUCACCGUUCUGUAAAUAAACCAGACAGCCACCUCACCUCAAUAUCCCUUGUAAAGGGGUAUAUGGCGGAAAUUGAUUGGUUUUCUUAUCCCGGACAGAGAUUAAGCCUAGUUUUGGACAACAUAUUUUUUUAUCUCAACCUUUUGAACAUUUUAUUUUUCAAACAUGGUUUAAAAUAGCCCUAGACUUUAAUUAAUCUGGGUGAAAAUUAGAUCUAGUCUAAGUGAGGGUAUAAACUAAACCCAGAUUAGUUGAAAGUUAGUUUGGAGUGCUCCUUUUCUAAAUCAGUUAAUCCAGAUUUAAGAAAUGUAAAUACAUUUAAAAGCAUUGCAAAUGGUAGUCCAAAAUGGUAGUCCAAACUUUAUUUUUCUUGACUUUCUGUUGCAGAAUCAUGAUGUAAUUGGGUAAUUAUUUUAUUCACAAACUACUAUCCCUUUGUUUGGUCAAACAGGUGGAUCCUGACGAGGAACUAUAAGGCCCUGAGCAAAGGCACCAAGGGCAGCACGUCGGGCUUCCUCAACAUCAUGAUGGAGCUGAAGAAGUGCUGCAACCACUGCUACCUUAUUAAGCCCCCCGAGGACAACGAGUUCAACACCAAACAAGAGGCCUUACAGGUGAGUUAUUUAACAUUUAUUUAUACAGGAAGUGCCGUUGAGGCCAGACGACCUCUUUUUAUUAGGGAGAUCUGGAUUUAGGAGGAAGAGAGGGGGGAAAUUAACGUACAGUAACUCUGUGGGCCAGUUUCCCAGACGCAGAUUAAGCCUAGUCCUGGAUGAGAAUGUAUGCUCGGUGGAGACAUUUUAAUUAAUAUUUUAUUCCAAAUAAGAUAAAAUGCCUGAAAAGCAUCGUAGACCUAAGAGUUAGUUGUGUAAACCUCAACCUUAAAGAAUUGCCAUGCUUGAAACAGUUUCUGUUUUUGGAACACGUGUUUCUGCUUUAAUCACACAAUGAAUGUUUUGGCAACACCUGUUGGUGGUAUUACUCUUGUUUUAUAUCAUGCCACCAAUUUUGUUGUUUCAAAUACUUGUUUACUCUAUUGACACUAUAGUUAUCCUUGUAUUGGCCACUUUGAUGUUAAUUGUGACCUAGAAAUAUGAGUUUUGUCCCAAAAUGCUGUGAUUAAGAAAAUACAUACUGUGUACGCAGAAUUCUUUCCAGAGUUAAACCUAGCAGUGUUUUAUUAUGAUUACAUUGCUGGGCUCCCUUCACAGCUUUGUGUCCAGCGUAGAUUAACACUAUUAUCUUCCUCUAUGUCUCUGUCUCUCUCUCUCCCUCCUCUAUCCCCCUCUCCCACUGCAGCACCUGAUCCGGAGCAGUGGGAAGCUGGUGUUGCUGGACAAGCUGCUGGUGCGUCUACGGGGGCGGGGCCACCGCGUGCUUAUCUUCUCCCAGAUGGUCCGGAUGCUGGACAUCCUGGCCGAGUACCUGAAGAGCCGCCAGUUCCUGUUCCAGGUCAGCAGCUCACUCACUCCCAACCCACAUUCCCAGGCUCUUUCUCGUUAGUCUUUCCUUGAUUCCUGGCUUCCUCUCUCCUUGCCUCCAUCUCAAAACACAUUGGAAAUGAAGGUUAGAGGGGAGGGACCUCCAAUACGGUUGAGAAGGCAGUGAGGAGAUAGGAUGGGAGGAAUCAUGGAAAGAUGGAUUGAGAGAGUCCCAUCCCCGUAUCCUUCCCACAUACAGGCUUCCCUCGUUAUAGGUAUUUCGGGGUUGUGGGUUUAAGCGCUGUGUAGGCUUAUUGCUACCUGAAGACCUGUCUGUAUUCUCUACAUAAUUUUAUUGCGCAGAUCUUCUAUUGGCAAAAGGAACCAUGGCUUACCAAAAACAGUAAUCCUAGUCAGGAUUCAUCCGAGUUAUUAUCUAAGCACAGUACUUAGGCUUGUUAAGUUUUAACAUACUUGACCCCCUAAAGAUAAGCAAAAUACAAAAACUCUUUCAAUUAAAAAAAAAUUAAGGGAAUUUGCUGUAACUGUUUCUGAGACGAGGACUCUAAAUAUGUAUUUUUAGAGAUUGGAUGGCUCCAUCAAGGGAGAGAUGAGGAAACAAGCGCUGGACCAUUUCAACGCUGAGGGCUCUGAGGUAAGUGGGGAAUGCCCCAUAGAUAUCUACUAUUGCUCUAACAGCCAGGGUUGGGAUCAAUCCAGUUUUCACUUCCUGAAUUGACGCAAUUGAAUACUGACUUGACCCCAACCGUGCUAAUUUAACUCAAUAAUCCAAUCAAGUUCACUGAUGUGGUGAAUAUAGAAUUGGAAACCUAUGGAAUUAACCAUAAUUACGCCGCACUUCAUUACAUCUUACUUCCUCUCCCCAGGAUUUCUGCUUCCUGUUGUCGACGCGGGCGGGCGGCCUGGGCAUCAACCUGGCAUCGGCAGACACGGUGAUCAUCUUCGACUCGGACUGGAACCCCCAGAAUGACCUGCAGGCCCAGGCCAGAGCCCACAGGAUUGGCCAGAAGAGACAGGUGUGCAACCAAUCACCUUUUCAAGUUCAAGUUGACUUUCAGUCAAGUUUUAUUGUUACCCAUGACAAAGUAGUUUAUACAAACCAAAAUGCAUGGCAUCGAUGAAUAUAGUUUUUAACCCAAUGAGUCCCACCAAAAUGCCGGCACGUUUUGGACUUCUAACUCCAUUUAAACAGUGUGUGUUUAGCUACAAACUUCUGGGUUGUACCAUUGGAUUCGUCUAUUUCUGCAUCCCCGUAGACAUCAACCAUUAGUCUGUGUGAUUAACGGGGGCUGAGCUAGAGCGGUGUUUGUGAGACAAGGGCAGAUCCCGAAGGGGCCCGGGGCUGGGUCUUUUUUACAAACAUUUCUGAGCUGCAAACUAUUUAAAGCUGUCUAUGAAACGCUGAGGCUCUCACAAACACGCACAUGUGCUCUAUGACGCUCACAAGCUACACAAGAGUCGUUCGAAGGUAAGGGGUUCGUCUACAUAGAAGAUCAUAGGAAAUCCCAGGACAAAGUGUAUAAUACUGUAAAAAGAUCAGUGUUGCUGUCCCAAGCACCAUGCAGUUGUCACUGACCAGUUGGAUAUUCAUUUCCCAGUGCACAAACCAUUUCUGUACUUACAGCAUUCAUAUAGAUUCAUUUUUAUCAGGUUUUUGGCAGAACUUUAUUUUUUGUCAAAUUGUUUUAUGUUCUACUUGUAGCCCUGGUUGUCCUGAAAAGAAAAUGGUAAAACACUUAAUUGUGAGGCUAAAUAUAAGGGCUGGACAUGCAGAUAAAUGAAAGUCAGAUAAAUGAAAAGCCAAUUUUUUUUGGGGUCUCUGGACUGAUAGGGUUAAAGCUAUGUGCUAUUGGUAAUUGGUAAUUUUACCACGUGAAUGUUUUUGCACAACACACUUUGUCAAGUUUAAGGCCUCCCGAGUGGCGCAGUGGUCUAAGGCACUGCAUCGCAGUGCUAGCUGUGCCACUAGAGAUCCUGGUUCGAAUCCAGGCUCUGUCGUAGCCGGCCGCGACCGGGAGACCCAUGGGGCGGCGCACAAUUGGCCCAGCGUCGUCCAGGAUAGGGGAGGGAAUAGCCGGCAGGGAUGUAGCUCAGUUGGUAGAGCAUGGCGUUUGCAACGCCAGGGUUGUGGGUUUGAUUCCCACGGGGGGUAUGAUUAUUUUUUUUUACAAAUAAUAAUAAUGUAUGCACUCACUAACUGUAAGUCUGCUAAAUUACAAAAAAAAAAAAGGUCAAACUUUAUUGUUAGCCAAUUGACAGCAGGCAAUACAGACCAACAUACAUGGUCAUAUGAGUCCAAGUUGUAUUGAAUAAAGUUUUGUAAGGCUAUGUCCUAUUGGUAAUUUGCAAUCAAAUAUCUAGAAUUUGAUUGCAUUAUCUAGAGGUGGAUUAGAGGUGUGAAUCUCCUAGGAUUUUUCAUAUUAAACCUAUAUCCUAAACAAUCGUGCAUUAAACAAUCGUUCAAUUAAACGUUGUCUUGGGCACAUCUCAAAUACACCAAUGAGGAGCAUUACAGCGCUGUAGAUAUAACUUCAUCCAAUCAAUCAAUCACAUUUAUUUUAUGAAGCCCUUUUUACAUCAGUAUUUGUUACAAUGUGCUCCACAGAUACCCAGCCUGUAACCCCAAAGAGCAAGCAAUGCAGAUGCAGAAGCACAGUGGCUACGAAAGGGGUGGCCAGAGUCCUCUUCUGGCUGUACCUGGUAUAGAUUUAAGAGUACAUGUGGCAAUUAAGGCCAGGUUGUUUUUCAAGACGUUCUAACGUUCGUAGUUGACCAACAAGGUUGGAUAAUAACCAUAAUUGCUGUGGAGGGCACAACACUUCAACACUGCAAGAUUCAACGUCAGUUGGCUUUUCAUAGUCAGAGAUUCAAAGUUCCAAAGGAGAGUGGGGUGGCGGGGGGGUGCGAUGCAGCAGCAGAUAGCGUGAUGCAGCACAAGGUAGGUAACAACACAACAAAAAACAUUGCUGUGUGUCUCUCAGGUGAACAUCUACCGCCUGGUGACCAAGAGCUCGGUGGAGGAGGAGAUCAUUGAGCGGGCCAAGAAGAAGAUGGUGCUGGACCACCUGGUCAUCCAGAGGAUGGACACCACGGGAAAGACCGUCCUCCACACCGGCACCGCUCCCUCCAGGUACACACACACACACACAUUCACGCAAAUACACACACAUGCAAACACUAAUGACACUCACUCUCUCUCAAACCUAGGUGAAACCUAGGUGCUUACACAAAUACAUACACUGGCAUUGUGGUGCCAGGACAACAACCUCUCCCUCAACAUCAGCAAAACAAAGGAGUUGAUUGUUGACUUCAGGAAGCACAGGAGGGAACAUGCCCCAAUCCACAUCAACAGGACUGCAGUAGAGCGAGUCAGCAGGUUUAAGGUCCUCUGCAUCCACAUCACCGAGGAUUUGUCAUGGACCAACAACACCACCACUCUUGUCAAGAGGCAUUCCACCCCGGGUCCUCUCCAAAUAUUACCGCUGCACCAUCGAGAGCGUCCUGACCGGUUGCAUCACGGCCUGGUACGGGAAUUGCUCUGUCCACCACCGCAAGGCCCUCGAGCGGAUGGUGAAGACUGCCCAGUACAUCACUGGGACCGUGCUCCCACCCAUCCAGGACAUCUACUCAAAACGGUGCCUGGGGAAGGCUUGCAGCUUCAUCAAGGACCCCACAUACCCCAGCCACGAGCUGUUCACUCACUCACCUUUGAGCAGACGUUCUCGGAGCAUGAGGUCUGAUACCAACAGGCUCAGAGACAGUUUCUAUCUACAAGCCAUCAGACUGCUGAACACUUGAACUGCACUGACCACGUGCUCUGAUUGUCCGUGCCUUAGCACACAUGCACUCACUCACGCACACACCCAUACUGACAUACUCAUGUAUCCCGUACAUAUGACUAAUGAAACUUGAAACACAAACUAGGACAUACACAAACACGCAAAUACACACACACGAAAGCACACACACACACUCUCUCAAACCUCUAGGUGCUUACAGCCAGUUACACCAGACACCUGCCACCAUGAAGAAUCUUACUCUCAACUACAUAAAAAAACACACACUUUCUCAGUGUGCUUAUAGUCUCUCUCGCAAACAAACACCCUAUACCCUCUAGAUCAGGGCUCUCCAACCCUGUUCCUGGCGAGGUUUUCGCUCCAACCCUAAUAUAGCGCACCUGAUUCUAAUAAUUAGCUGGCUGAUAAGAUUAAUCAGAUUAGUUACAACUGGGAUUGGAGCGAAAACCUACAGGAAGGUAGCUCUCCAGGAACAUGGUUGGAGAACCCUGCCUUAGAUACUUACUUACAAAUACACAUACCAUCCUUUUGAGGUGUUCACAUUAUCAUGCACACACCUGCAAGGUUUUCUGUAUACUCAUUUAGAACUUCCAUCACUUGCAGUGCCACUCCGUUCAACAAGGAGGAACUGUCGGCCAUUUUGAAGUUUGGUGCUGAGGAGCUCUUCAAAGAGCAGGAGGGGGAGGAGCAGGAGCCUCAGGUUUGUCACACACCUCAUCGUAAAUUAGAAUUGUCAUGAUAGCACUAACACAAUACCAUGAUAUUCCAUUUGUGUGUCUGAUGAAGGUGACAAAUCCAAUUUCCCCGCUGCGGAUCGAUAAGGUUGAUUUCAUUUUUCAUAAACUGAGUGUUUGGUUUCCGUCUGGCAGGAUAUGGACAUCGAUGAUAUCCUGAAGAGAGCCGAGACCAGAGAGAAUGACCCCGGCCCCUCCACUGUGGGAGAGGAGCUUCUCUCACAAUUCAAGGUAUACAGUGUAUCACGUUAAUCGCAAGUAAAACCUUCAAAAUAACCACUAGUGAGAAUGACAAGAAGAAUAAGUUCAACAGUGUUUGAGGACCAGAUUCCUGGACGCUGAUUUAAGUCUAGUACUGGACAAAAAAUAUACACUGAUUGUACAGAACAUUAGGAACUUUCCAUGACAUAGACUAACCAGGUAAAUCCAGGUGAAAGCUGUGAUCCCAAAUUUAUGUCACUUGUUAAAUUCACUUAAACCAGUAUAGAUGAAGGGGAGGAGACAGGUUAAAGAAGGAUUUUUAAGCCUUGAGACAAUUGAGACAUGAUUGUGUAUGUGUGCCAUUCAGAGGGUGAAUGGUCAAGACAAAAGAUUCAAGUGCCUUUGAACAGGGUAUGGUAGUAAAUUCCAGGCACACCAGUUUGAACUGCAACGCUGCUGGGUUUUUCAUGCUCAACAGUUUCACGUGUGUAUCAACAAUGGCCCGACAUCCAUCCAACUUGACAGAACUGUGGGAAGCAUUGGAACAUCCCUAUGGAACGCUUUCGACACCUUGUAGAGUCCACGCCCCAAUGAAUUGAAGCUGUUCUGAGUGCAAAAGGGGGUGCAACUCAAUAUUAGGAAGGUGUUCCUAAUGUUUUGUACACUCAGUGUAGUUUUAUGGAGAUUCUCCAUUGAGUGUUUAGAAAAUAAUAAUUCAUCCGCUGACCCUCUGUGACCUAACCUUGACCCCUCACUGCCAGGUGGCCAACUUUUCCAUGAUGGAGGAGGAGGAGAUCGUCAUGGACUCUGAGCGCCACCAUCGGGGCUGGGACGACAUCAUCCCCGAGGCGCAGCGGUGGCAGAUGGAGGAGGAGGAGAGGCAGAAGGAGCUGGAGGAGAUCUACCUGCUGCCACGCAUGAGGAACUGUGCCAAACAGGUUAGCGAGGGGAGAGACCGUGUACCUUCUUAUCCAAUACAGUUGAGAAGGUCACUAGGAGAUAGGAUGUGAGGAAUCACAGAAAGACCAAUUGAGAUAGUCACUCACACACACGUCAGUUCUCUUCAAUGCAGAGAUUGGGUUUUUCAAUUGAUUAAAAUAGUUUUUUCUGAGGUCAAUAUAUUCUAAGGUCAAUGUAUCUAGCAUUUUUGCCUUCUGAAUUAAUAAGUUGUGCCAAACGGUCUCAUCCCAGUCAGUUGCCGAUGUUAGUGGAUGAUGUGAGUGUAACAGGGUGGCCCAAUUGAAACCCUCAGGGAGAAAACACGGUUGGAUGUUUUGAAAAAUAGCUUUUUUUUUCUUAUGAGUGAACUGAUAAAUGUUUUCCUGAAUGGUAAUACAAAAAUAUAUAUAUAUACACUACCGGUCAAAAGUUUUAGAACACCUACACAUUCAAGGGUUUUUAUUUUUUACUAUUUUCUACAUUGUAGAAUAAUAGUGAAGACAUCAAAACAAUGAAAUAACACAUAUGGAAUCAUUUAGUAACCAAAAAAGUGUUAAACAAAUCAGAAUAUAUUUUUAUAUUUGAGAUUCUUCAAAGUAGCCACCCUUUGCCUUGAUAACAGCUUUGCACAUUUGGCAUUCUCUCAACCAACUUCAUGAGGUAGUCACCUGGAAUGCAUUUCAUUUAACAGGUGUGCCUUCUUAAAAGUUAAUUUGUGGAAUUUCUAAAUGUGUUUGAGCGAAUCAGUUGUGAGGCUGGGGUAUACAGAAGAUAGCCCUAUUUGGGAAAAGACCAAUCCAUAUUAUUUCAAGAACAACUCAAAUAAGCAAAGAGAAACGACUCCAUUACUUUAAGCGAUGAAAGUCAGUCAAUACGGAAAAUUUCAAGAACUUUGAAAGUUUCUUUAAGUGCAGUCGCAAAAAACAUCAAGCGCUAUGAUGAAACUUGCUCUCAUGAGGACCGCCACAGGAAAGGAAGACCCAGAGUUACCUCUGCUGCAGAGGAUAAGUUCAUUAGAGUUACCAGCCUCAGAAAUUGCAGCCCAAAUAAAUGCUUCACAGAGUUCAAGUAACAGACACAUCUCAACAUCAACUGUUCAGAGGAGACUGUGUGAAUCAGGCCUUCAUGGUCAAAUUGCUGCAAAGAAACCACUACUAACGGACACCAAUAAGAAGAGACUUGCUUGGGCCAAGAAACACGAGCAAUGGACAUUAGACCGGUGGAAAUGUGUCCUUUGGUCUGGAGUCCAAAUUUGAGAUUUUUGGUUCCAACCGCCGUGUCUUUGUGAGACGCGGUGUGGGUGAACGGAUGAUCUCCAGAUGUGUAUUUCCCACUGUAAAGCAUGGAGGAGGAGGUGUUAUGGUGUGGGGUUGCUUUGCUGGUGACACUGUCUGUGAUUUAUUUAGAAUUCAAGGCACACCUCCAGGCUGUGUAAGGGCUAUUUUACUAAGAAGGAGAGUAAUGGAGUGCUACAAUCCCAUGACCUCAACCAAAUUGAGAUGGUUUGGGAUGAAUUGGACCGCAGAGUGAAGGAAAAGCAGCCAACAAGUGCUCAGCAUAUGUGGGAACUCCAAGACUGUUGAAAAAGCAUUCCAGGUGAAGCUGGUUGAGAGAAUGCCAAGAGUGUGCAAAGCUGUCAUCAAGGCAAAGGGUGGCUAUUUGAAGAAUCUCAAAUAUAACAUAUAUUUUGAUUUGUUUAACACUUGUUUGGUUACUACAUGAUUCCAUAUGUUAUUUCAUAGUUUUGAUGUCUUCACUAUUAUUCUACAAUGUAGAAAAUAGUAAAAAUAAAGAAAAACCCUUGAAUGAGUAGGUGUUCUUAAAAUUUUGACCGGUAGUGUAUAUAAAACUGUUAAAAAUAUAUAUUAUAAUAAUUCAUUUUUGUUUGUUUUAUGGAUCCAGAUCAGCUUUAACGGCAAUGAUAGCCGACGGAGCAGAAACAGGCAAUACUCAGGCUCCGACAGCGACUCCGCCUCGGAUCGCAAGAGGCCCAAGAAACGAGGACGACCUCGGACCAUUCCACGAGAAAACAUCAAGGGCUUCAGCGACACUGAGAUACGAAGGUAAUCACUAUAUAUGGGAUGCAUCUCAAAUGGCACCCUUUUCCCUUUAUAGCACUAAAUGGGAAUAGGGUGCCAUUUGGGACACACCCGUGAUGUUGUUAAAUGUCUUCUAUCCUGUGGGAAUAUGUCCCUGAAAAGUUUUCCCAUUAGAUUUCAUUUGGAGAUGUACACUGCUCAAAAAAGUAAAGGGAACACUUAAACAACACAAUGUAACUCCAAGUCAAUCACACUUCUGUGAAAUCAAACUGUCCACUAGGAAGCAACACUGAUUGACAAUAAAUUUCACAUGCUGUUGUGCAAAUGGAAUAGACAACUGGUGGAAAUUAUAGGCAAUUAGCAAGACACCCCCAAUAAAGAAGUGGUUCUGCAGGUGGUGACCACAGACCACUUCUCAGUUCCUCUGCUUCCUGGCUGAUGUUUUGGUCACUUUUGAAUGCUGGCGGUGCUUUCACUCUAGUGGUAGCAUGAGACGGAGUCUACAACCCACACAAGUGGCUCAGGUAGUGCAGCUCAUCCAGGAUGGCACAUCAAUGCGAGCUGUGGCAAGAAGGUUUGCUGUGUCUGUCAGUGUAGUGUCCAGAGCAUGGAGGCGCUACCAGGAGACAGGCCAGUACAUCAGGAGACGUGGAGGAGGCCGUAGGAGGGCAACAACCCAGCAGCAGGACCGCUACCUCCGCCUUUGUGCAAGGAGGAGCAGGAGGAGCACUGCCAGAGCCCUGCAAAAUGACCUCCAGCAGGCCACAAAUGUGCAUGUGUCUGCUCAAACGGUCAGAAACAGACUCCAUGAGGGUGGUAUGAGGGCCCGACGUCUACAGGUGGGGGUUGUGCUUACAGCCCAACACCGUGCAGGACGUUUGGCAUUUGCCAGAGAACACCAAGAUUGGCAAAUUCGCCACUGGCGCCCUGUGCUCUUCACAGAUGAAAGCAGGUUCACACUGAGCACAUGUGACAGACGUGACAGAGUCUGGAGACGCCGUGGAGAACGUUCUGCUGCCUGCAACAUCCUCCAGCAUGACCGGUUUGGCGGUGGGUCAGUCAUGGUGUGGGGUGGCAUUUCUUUGGGGGGCCGCACAGCCCUCCAUGUGCUCGCCAGAGGUAGCCUGACUGCCAUUAGGUACCGAGAUGAGAUCCUCAGACCCCUUGUGAGACCAUAUGCUGGUGCAGUUGGCCCUGGGUUCCUCCUAAUGCAAGACAAUGCUAGACCUCAUGUGGCUGGAGUGUGUCAGCAGUUCCUGCAAGAGGAAGGCAUUGAUGCUAUGGACUGGCCCGCCCGUUCCCCAGACCUGAAUCCAAUUGAGCACAUCUGGGACAUCAUGUCUCGCUCCAUCCACCAACGCCACGUUGCACCACAGACUGUCCAGGAGUUGGCGGAUGCUUUAGUCCAGGUGUGGGAGGAGAUCCCUCAGGAGACCAUCCGCCACCUCAUCAGGAGCAUGCCCAGGCGUUGUAGGGAGGUCAUACAGGCACGUGGAGGCCACACACACUACUGAGCCUCAUUUUGACUUGUUUUAAGGACAUUACAUCAAAGUUGGAUCAGCCUGUAGUGUGGUUUUACACUUUAAUUUUGAGGGUGACUCCAAAUCCAGACCUCCAUGGGUUGAUACAUUUGAUUUCCAUUUAUAAUUUUUGUGUGAUUUUGUUGUCAGCACAUUCAACUAUGUAAAGAAAAAAGUAUUUAAUAAGAUUAUUUCAUUCAUUCAGAUCUAGGAUGUGUUGUUUAAGUGUUCCCUUUAUUUUUUUGAGCAGUGUAGAAAAUGCACUAAUGUCCUGUUGCCUAGACUGUACCUCACAACUCUUUUUGUCUUUCUUUUUUCUACAUAGAUUUAUCAAGAGCUACAAGAAGUUUGGUGGACCACUUGAAAGGUAGAAACAGUGAAACAUUGCCUUGGAGAGGAGAAAACGUUGAAUUUGACAACUCUUCUCAACAUGCCGCCUGACUAAUAAACGUGUGUCUCCUUCAGAUUGGACGCUAUCGCCCGCGAUGCCGAGCUGGUGGAUAAGUCUGAGUACGACCUGAAGCGCCUGGCGGAGACUGUUCACAACGGCUGCCUGAAGACCCUCAGGGAGAACCCCUGCAGACCAGAGAAGACAUCAGGUACUUUUCACUGUCUGUGUGUCUGUCUCUGUGUCGGUCUGUCUCUCUGUGUGUCUCUAUCUAUCCAGCCAUCCCUAUCUGUCCACCCAUUCAUCCUCCUCACUCUACUGCUAUUUCAAACAAUGUUGAAAUCCACUCAAGUUGCUCAAGAGCAGGUUGGAGCAGGUUGUGUUGUUAUAGUGCCGCUGGUCACCAAUAUUAAACCUCUGCCUCGCCACCAGGGGGCAGAAGAGGGAAAGUGAAAGGUCCCACGUUCAGGAUCUCGGGCGUCCAGGUGAACGCCAAGCUGGUCAUCUCCCACGAGAGGGAGCUGGUGCCGCUCCACAAAGCCAUUCCUGCCGACCCUGAGGAGAGGAAGAGGUCCGUCUCGCCACUCAGUCUCUUACCUCAAACAUGGCUUGCGUCCCAAAUGGCACCCUAUUCCCUAUUUAGUGCAAGACCUUUUGAUCAGGGCCAAUAGGAGCCAUUUAGCAAUGCUGACUUUACUCCUCUACCACACGUUGUAUUAACUCUGCUAAAACCAACACAACAGUUAAAAGUUUAAGUUUAUUUACACUCACAUAGCAGACAAUGAAGCCUGAAAUCCCUGGGCAUGAUAAGUAGCAUAGACCUAUCUAAAUCCACAACAUGUAUUAAUUGAUAAAAGGACAGACAUGACUUUGAGAAUGUUGUAAGCACUUUAAAACAAAUCUCUACCUACCAUGUAAAUACAUUGCACUUGCCUUUUAACUUCCAUGUAAAUACAGUGGGGGAAAAAAGUAUUUAGUCAGCCACCAAUUGUGCAAGUUCUCCCACUUAAAAAGAUGAGAGGCCUGUAAUUUUCAUCAUAGGUACACGUCAACUAUGACAGACAAAAUGAGAAAAAUAAAUCCAGAAAAUCACAUUGUAUGAUUUUUAAUGAAUUUAUUUGCAAAUUAUGGUGGAAAAUAAGUAUUUGGUCAAUAACAAAAGUUUCUCAAUACUUUGUUAUAUAUCCUUUGUUGGCAAUGACACAGGUCAAACGUUUUCUGUAAGUCUUCACAAGGUCUUCACACACUGUUGCUGGUAUUUUGGCCCAUUCCUCCAUGCAGAUCUCCUCUAGAGCAGUGCUGUUUUGGGGCUGUCGCUGGGCAACACAGACUUUCAAUUCCCUCCAAAGAUUUUCUAUGGGGUUGAGAUCUGGAGACUGGCUAGGCCACUCCAGGACCUUGAAAUGCUUCUUACGAAGCCACUCCUUCGUUGCCCGGGCGGUGUGUUUGGGAUCAUUGUCAUGCUGAAAGACCCAGCCACGUUUCAUCUUCAAUGCCCUUGCUGAUGGAAGGAGGUUUUCACUCAAAAUCUCACUAUACAUGGCCCCAUUCAUUCUUUCCUUUACACGGAUCAGUCGUCCUGGUCCCUUUGCAGAAAAACAGCCCCAAAGCAUGAUGUUUCCACCCCCAUGCUUCACAGUAGGUAUGGUGUUCUUUGGAUGCAACUCAGCAUUCGUUGUCCUCCAAACACGACGAGUUGAGUUUUUACCAAAAAGUUCUAUUUUGGUUUCAUCUGACCAUAUGACAUUCUCCCAAUCCUCUUCUGGAUCAUCCAAAUGCACUCUAGCAAACUUCAGACGGGCCUGGACAUGUACUGGCUUAAGCAGGGGGACACGUCUGGCACUGCAGGAUUUGAGUCCCUGGCGGCGUAGUGUGUUACUGAUGGUAGGCUUUGUUACUUUGGUCCCAGCUCUCUGCAGGUCAUUCACUAGGUCCCCCCGUGUGGUUCUGGGAUUUUUGCUCACCGUUCUUGUGAUCAUUUUGACCCCACGGGGUGAGAUCUUGCGUGGAGCCCCAGAUCGAGGGUGAUUAUCAGUGGGCUUGUAUGUCUUCCAUUUCCUAAUAAUUGCUCCCACAGUUGAUUUCUUCAAACCAAGCUGCUUACCUAUUGCUGAUUCAGUCUUCCCAGCCUGGUGCAGGUCUACAAUUUUGUUUCUGGUGUCCUUUGACAGCUCUUUGGUCUUGGCCAUAGUGGAGUUUGGAGUGUGACUGUUUGAGGUUGUGGACAGGUGUCUUUUAUACAGAUAACAAGUUCAAACAGGUGCCAUUAAUACAGGUAACAAGUGGAGGACAGAGGAGCCUCUUAAAUAAGAAGUUACAGGUCUGUGAGAGCCAGAAAUCUUGCUUGUUUGUAGGUGACCAAAUACUUAUUUUCCACCAUAAUUUGCAAAUAAAUUCAUAAAAAAUCCUACAAUGUGAUUUCUGGAUUUUUUUUUCUCAAUUUGUCUGUCAUAGUUGACGUGUACCUAUGAUGAAAAUUACAGGCCUCUUUCAUCUUUUAAAGUGGGAGAACUUGCACAAUUGGUGGCUGACUAAAUACUUUUUUCCCCACUGUAUAUGAUUGUUGCAUGCAUAGUUUUAGGACCACUUGAUACGAAAUGACACCUACUCUCACUUCCUAUGUCUUACUGAAUACUGAAUCCAAACUCUUCUCUUUUUGUAGGUACACGAUUCCGUUUCACUCCAAGGCAGCACACUUUGGCAUUGACUGGGGCAAGGAGGACGACUCCAGCCUGCUCAUAGGAAUCUACGAGUACGGUUACGGCAGCUGGGAAAUGAUCAAGAUGGACCCCGACCUCAACCUGACACACAAGGUGAGUCUGAAAAAAAGCUGGGCGAUAUGGACUACAAUACAUAUCACAAUAAAUUGACUGAAUUAUCACGAUAACGAUUUCUUAACCCAGAGGCCCAACAUCGUGAGACUUCCAGGAACGCUUGCGAAGCAGACUCGGCAGACCAGACUGGGGUUUGUGGUUUGAGAAGUUGAUGAGAGAAGUGAAAAAUUAUUUUCUCAAUUUCUAAAGGCAAUGUUAUUACUCCAACCUCGUCAAAGUGACAAACUGAAAUGUUUUCAUUUUCGUCAAAACGAUUUUAUAUCAAAGAAGUGCCUUUGAUUUGACGGCAUGCAGAUGCGCAGUUCUGCGCUACACGACCGUUAGACCAAUUUGUGUUUCUGCGCAUGAGCUUAGCUAGCUAACGUCGCCAUGACAUUGCCUACAAGCGUGAUCAGGGAUUUCUAUUGUAGAAGCAGUUUCUACUUAUCUUCGUACUAAACCAUCUUUGACGAAAUGUUUCUAACAUUUAUGUGGACCACAGCUACUUUUUUAUAUUACGUUCAAAACGAAUACUACUACUGCUUUGAAUGUUGUAGCUAUUAAUUGUCCCGUUCACAAUCACCCGUAUUAGCAGACUUAUUACAUUUCACAUUUCUCUAGAACAGGCUACUUAUCGUAAUUAAUGUCCCAGUGCUGUCAAAAAUGUGAUUUUCCUGUGUGUUAUAUGUAUUUCCACACUGAGGUUGUAAUAAUACUGUGAAAUUGUGAAAAUUAUGAAAGUACCCUUUUAGUGUAAGAGCUGUUUGAAAAGACCGCCUGAAAUCUCUGCCUGUUUUGGUGGGAUGGAGUUUUGGUCUGCCUGGUGACGCAGUAAAUUAGAUAAUAGACCAAUAAGAUAGAGUUCCAAACCUCUAUGCCAAUAACAGCUCGUUUUUAGUUUUCCCCUCCCAACUCAGACCACUCCCAGACAGUUCUAGCAAAAUUCUUGCUUGAGAAAUUGCUCUUUGCCAAGAUUUUUUUUUUAAUUGUUACCCAGAAAUGAUUUGAUAUUGAGAUAAAAACAUCUGCAUUGGACCUUUAACAAUAUUAGUAAAAUGUCAUCAAUAAUUGCUCGGUACAUUCGGUGUUGGUCAUUUUUGGUUCAUCGUCCCAGCUCACAGGGUCUCACUUUAUAGGGGAACUGAAAAUGUCAUUGCCUUUGUUAUAGUUGUAUUAAUUUACGCAUCCGUUGCUUCGUGUGAACCAGCUCCUGCCAGACGACCCUGACAAGAAGCCACAGGCCAAGCAACUGCAGACGAGAGCGGACUACCUCAUCAAAUUAUUGAGCAAGGACCUGGCCAAAAAGGAAGUACAGAGGCAAACAGGGACAGUAAGUGGCCAUGACUGGCUGGAUCACGGUUGUCUAUGCAAAGUCUGUGUCCUAUAGUACAUCUCCUUUUCUAUUGGCUCGUGUCAUUUUUAGUUUCACCAAAUAUCAUUAGAUUCCACCUCCAUGUGUUUCUUUUUUUGAACCUACAGUUCCACUAUAAUAAGAUAAGUUUUAACCACUCAUUUGAGGGACAUUUAAAAGUAGGCAUUCCUGGUGAAAUCCUAGUAUGUGGAUAGUCUUGAAGCGUUGAAUAAAGUCUUAAAUUGUUAUCUAAAAGUCCAGAAUUAAAGCUACAGUCUGGGAUUCGAAAAACACAACGCUUUUGCCACUUGUUUUUGAUAAACAGCUGAGGAAUGAGGCGAGGGAAAUGUAGCUCUUUAAAUUCAUCAACAGUGCUCGAGAUACUGACAGUCCUUCAGAUCCCAAAUUAUAGUUUAAACCAUGGUUUGAACCUAUAUAUUGUUUACAAUGACAUUGUUUGCAAACAAUGGAGUAAACAAGGUUAUAUGUUCGGGUAAGACUGUACUAGACUAAUGAGGCACUGAUAAGUUAUGAUAUUCAACAAUCAAUGGCUUUAUAUCAAGGCUGUUAAACUGAGACUCAGCGAUAUGAUGAAUCACAGAUAUUGUAGAUGAGCCCGAUGUAAGACGAGGCUCUUUGAGUGUCUGUGCUCAUGCAGAGAUGCACUUCACUCUGCAACAAUGUGAUAGCUGCAGGACCAAAACAGCUAAGAAGUUUGGCCUCGUGCUUCACGCUCUUAGUUGUUGCAGAAGUCAGCCCAAUAUUGCUGUUUUACUUUGUGCAUUGCUGACUCUACCUUUAAGUCCAGAAAUGGAUGUACCAAUCCCUGGCUAGCUAAAGAAUGUUGUUGAUUCUCCUGAGUUUUACAAAAUGUGCCAUUUGGUCAGAGUAGGCCUCUUUGUCAUGCCUGGUCUCUGUGACAGAGUGCCAGUUCCUCGUAAUAACAUGUCAACCGGUUUUAGUUGGUGUCAAAAACAGUGUGAGUUAUGACAAAUUUACUGCAGCUUUGCGGUCUCAUACUGGCAUCCUGCGAUGUAAACAACGUGUCAAGUGUCUCUAUGAAGACUAUCGUGAAUAGUCAAUACUAGUGCAUUGCUGGCUGCCGAAAGGAGCUUUAUAAGAAGGUAACGGUAUCAUUCCUAAUGAUUCUAUAUGUAAUUCUAUGUACAGUGAGGGGAAAAAGUAUUUGAUCCCCUGCUGAUUUUGUACGUUUGCCCACUUACAAAGAAAUGAUCGGUCUAUAAUUUUAAUGGUAGGUUUAUUUGAACAGUGAGAGACAGAAUAACAACAAAAAAAAUCAAGAAAAACGCAUGUCAAAAAUGUUAUCAAUUGAUUUGCAUUUUAAUGAGGAAAAUAAGUAUUUGACCCCAUCUCAAUCAGAAAGAUUUCUGGCUCCCAGGUGUCUUUUAUACAGGUAACGAGCUGAGUUUAGGAGCACACUCUUAAAGGGAGUGCUCCUAAUCUAAGUUUGUUACCUGUAUAAAAGACACCUGUCCACAGAAGCAAUCAAUCGAUCAGAUUCCAAACUCUCCACCAUGGCCAAGACCAAAGAGCUCUCCAAGGAUGUCAGGGACAAGAUUGUAGACCUACACAAGGCUGGAAUGGGCUACAAGAUCAUCACCAAGCAGCUUGGUGAGAAGGUGACAACAGUUGGUGCGAUUAUUCGCAGAUGGAAGAAACACAAAAUAACUGUCAAUCUCCCUCGGCCUGGGGCUCCAUGCAAGAUCUCACCUUGUGGAGUUGCAAUGAUCAUGAGAACGGUGAGGAAUCAGCCCAGAACUACACGGGAGGAUCUUGUCAAUGAUCUCAAGGCAGCUGGGACCAUAGUCACCAAGAAAACAAUUGGUAACACAUUACGCCGUGAAGGACUGAAAUCCUGCAGUGCCUGCAAGGUCCACCUGCUCAAGAAAGCACAUAUACAGGCCCGUCUGAAGUUUGCCAAUGAACAUCUGGAUGAUUCAGAGGAGAACUGGGUGAAAGUGUUGUGGUCAGAUGAGACGAAAAUCGAGCUCUUUGGCAUCAACUCAACUCGCCGUCUUUGGAGGAGGAGGAAUGCUGCCUAUGACCCCAAGAACCCCAUCCCCACCGUCAAACAUGCAGGUGGAAACAUUAUGCUUUGGGGGUGUUUUUCUGCUAAGGGGACAGGUCAACUUCACCGCAUCAAAGGGACGAUGGACGGGGCCAUGUACCGUCAAAUCUUGGGUGAGAACCUCCUUCCCUCAGCCAGGACAUUGAAAAUGGGUUGUGGAUGGGUAUUCCAGCAUGACAAUGACCCAAAACACACGGCCAAGGCAACAAAGGAGUGGCUCAAUAAGAAGCACAUUAAGGUCCUGGAGUGGCCUAGCCAGUCUCCAGACCUUAAUCCCAUAGAAAAUCUGUGGAGGGAGCUGAAGGUUUGAGUUGCCAAACGUCAGCUUCGAAACCUUAAUGACUUGGAGAAGAUCUGCAAAGAGGAGUCGGACAAAAUCCCUCCUGAGAUGUGUGCAAACCUGGUGGUCAACUACAAGAAACGUCUGACCUCUGUGAUUGCCAACAAGGGUUUUGCCACCAAGUACUAAGUCAUGUUUUGCAGAGGGGUCAAAUACUUAUUUCCCUCAUUAAAAUGCAAAUCAAUUUAUAACAUUUUUGACAUGCGUUUUUUUGUAAUUUUUUUGUUGUUAUUCUGUCUCUCACUGUUCAAAUAAACCUACCAUUAAAAUUAUAGACUGAUCAUGUCUUUGUCAGUGGGCAAACGUACAAAAUCAGCAGGGGAUCAAAUACUUUUUUCUCUCACUGUAUGGACCAAUGAUUGAACUGGCUUUGGCUAUCAGACACAUCUAACUCCCAAUUGUGGCAAAUAUAAUCACCAGGAGGAUCAUUUUCACACACUUUAAACAUAUUAACAAAAUCGCAACUGAUUUGUACCAGUAAAAGCGUCUGGUGUGGCAUGGAAAGUCAAAAACCCAGGACACAUUCUAUUUCAAGGGGCCCACGUGUUUUUUUUAAUGAGUUGCAAAGAAUUAUGAUUGUUUUCACCUUUUGUUGUUGUAGGCCAACUCGCGGACAAGGAAACUGAGUAAGAAGAACAAAGCUGUGAAGCCAGCCGAAGUGGACGAAGUGGUGAAGAGUCUGUCCUCGGAGCCCCCCUCAGAGAAGUCCUCAGAGGACGAGAUUGAGGAGGAAAAGGUAUGUAGGAGAAUGAUUCUUCCCUAGCUAUAGAUCAUUCAUCAGCUUUCCCUCCCCCAAUCCUAGCCUUAAGGACUUCCUCCAGUGAUUUUGAACUUUCCCUGUUGGCACAGUGGUCUAAGGCACUGCAUCGCAUUGCUAGCUGUGCCACUAGCGAUCCUGGUUCGAGUCAGGCUCUGUCGUAGCCGGCUGCGAUCGGGAGACCCAUGGGGCGGCGCACAAUUGGCCCAGCGUCGUCCAGGUUAGAGGAGGGAAUGGCCGGCAGGGAUGUAGCUCAGUUGGUAGAGCAUGGCGUUUGCAACGCCAGGGUUGUGGGUUCGAUUCCCACGGGGGGCCAGUAUGAAAAAUAAAUAAAUGCAAAUGUAUGCUCUGGAUAAGAGCGUCUGCUAAAUGACUAAAAUGUAAAUGUAAAAUGUAAAAGUGAUAUCCCAAGUAUAAAUGCAGUACACACACUAAAGGGUAAAAAAAAAAAAUUGUGUUCUUUUUAGACACAACUGCAAACUUCAAGGAGUAGAGCAUUCAAGGAGUUGGUCUGAUGGGAAUUUGUGAUGUCAUUGGCCUCCCCCAUUGCUUGAGUAACAAUAGAGAACAAAAGAGGAAAGGCUCACCCCCCACUCGUACCAUGUCAUGACAUACCUGGAGUGCCACUUUAACCAUUAGUGGGGUAAAUGCAGAACUGACCCAAGAUCAGAGUCUAGGGGAGGGCUGUUCAAUUCCGGUCCUGGAGGGCCGAAACACUUCAGGUUUUUGUUUCUACCUGGUAGAUAAUUGCGCUCACCUGAUUUCCCAGGUCUGAUUCAGUCCCUGAUUAGAAGGAUAGGAUGAACACCAGAAGUGUUUUGGCCCUCCAGGAUUGACAUUGAACACCCCUGGUCUAGUGGCAACUUCCCCCUACUUCGACUAUGAUAGAAUACUCCUUAAGGCUGUGGAUAGUAGACAAGGGAUCCCUUUACCUUUCCCUGUUGUCUUCUUUUGGGCUAAUAAUAACUAAUAAUACUAAUAAUAACCUUUUUUGACAUAUCUAAAUGUGCCACUUAACACAAGUGUAGACUGUUACAAUAAAAAUAGCAAUGAGUGAGUGAUCAAAUAAACUCAGUAAUCAGUCAACUAAACUCAAUGAAUGGGCCCAGUCUGAAAAUCACCUUGUCUAGGGUGUGGGCCUUACAGUACUGUUGUCCGUUAAGGUUAUUGCCUGCUCUGUAUGGCAGUUUGACUAAACCCAUUUGCCCACAAGCAUGGUUAUAUAAUUCAGUUUUUAAAGUAACUGUCCAGUGAAAAGCUCACUUCUAAAAGCUAAUAUUCUGUUAAGUCAUACCCAAAUAAUGUUGAUGACUCACCGUAUAGUUGUAUUUGCGGCCAAAGCAUACAUUUGACAAAACCCCUUAAAAAAAAAACACCUCAAACUAGGGCUGGGCGAUAUAUCGAAUUCAUUAGAUUAAUUUGAAUUGAUGUUUUAGCAAGAUUUUACAAAUGCCUGUAUCGCAAGAAACUAGUUAAUUUUUUAUUUUCUUCAUUUUGUCAGCUUGUUCUCGUGUUGUCUAUUUGGUCUCGUAUCCUUCGCUCCUUCUGCUGUGAUUGUGCACCUUCCCAUUUACACACACACACACACACACACACAAAGCUCUUGCCCCUGCCACUCGCUAUUUGCAUUUGAGAUUUGGUCCAACAGAAUCGCUCAUAUGGACACCGAAACACAUUGAGGCAUUAUUUUACUGUAACAGAGGAGAACAUAAGCUUUCUAACUAUACCCUUUUUAUGUCUCAACUCCUCAAAUUGCGCGACUAGCACACCCUAAUAAUACGGGAGGAUCAAUUAAAAUUGAUUUUGGAAAAUGAAUGCUCAGUUUCUGUCGUGUACCGCUAAUAGCAUUUUAGCCACAGACUGUUAUACUAGCUGUCUGUGUUUUUAUAAAUGUGCAAAGAGCAUAAAAAACAAUUAUGUAAGGAAUUUGCAACUCUUUCUCAUUCGGAGAAAAAAGGUAGGCCGCUUGAUUUCAACAGGUGCACGCUGUUCAAACAGUUGGAGACGGACAGAAGGGUGUGUUCAUAACAAUUCAACUGUUCUACCUCGUUAGCUAGCAAAUAGAUCCAAGUUGGCUAGACUUUAAAUAUAAAGAUUAGCUUGCUACUCACUAGCACGUGGGCUUGUGCUUGAGAGAUUGUUUAUGAGACCUGUGUAAAUGUUCUAUAAUGCCUGCUACAAGGAGUUGGUCAUUAUUAGUGAAUGUGCAUUAUGCAUGGUUCUGGUCAAAUUUAUAACAUAAAUGGCAUUUUCAUAGACAGACUUGAAAGCCAGAUCAGUGAUUAUUGCAAAAAAGCAGGUUAAACUAUUUUGAUCAAAUAAUUAAGUGAUUAGUGGGUCUUAUGAUUGUGGAAAGCUUAUACAGUGCAUUCGGAAAGUAUUCAGACCCCUUGACUUUUUCCACAUUGUGUUACGUUACAGCCUUAUUCUAAAAUGGAUUAAAAUGUUUUUUUCCCCUCAUCAAUCUACACACAAUACCCCAUAAUGACAAAGCAAAAACAGGUUUAAAAAUAAAAGCAGGAAAAAAAUUAGAUAUUACAUAUAAAUAUUCAGACCCUUUACUCAGUACUUUGAAGCACCUUUGGCAGCGAUUACAGCCUCAAGUCUUCUUGGGUCUUCUACAAGCUUGGCACACUUGAAUUUGGGGAGUUUCUCCCAUUCUUCUCUGCAGAUCCUCACAAGCUCUGUCAGGUUGGAUGGGGAGCGUUGCUGCACAGCUAUUUUCAGGUAUCCAGUGAUGUUCGAUCGGGUUCAAGGACAUCCAUAGACUUGUCCCGAAGCUACUCCUGCAUUGUCUUGGCUGUGUGUUUAGGGUCGUUGUCCUGUUGGAAGGUGAAUCUUCGCCCCAGUCUGAGGUCCUGAGCGCUCUGGAGCAGGUUUUCAUCAAGGAUCUCUCUGUACUUUGCUCCGUUCAUCUUUCCCUCGAUCCUGACUAGUCUCCCAGUCCCUGCCGCUGAAAAACAUCCCCACAGAAUGAUGCUGCCACCACCAUGCUUCACCGUAGGGAUGGUGCCAGGUUUCCUCCAGACGUGACGCUUGGCAUUCAGUCCAAAGAGUUCAAUCUUGGUUUCAUCAGACCAGAGAAUUGUCAUGGUCUGAGAGUCCUUUAAGCGGGCUGUCAUGUGCCUUUUACUGAGGAGUGGCUUCUGUCUGGCCACUCUACCAUAAAGGCCUGAUUGGUAGAGUGCCGCAGAGAUGGUUGACCUUGUUGAAGGUUCUACCAUCUCCACAGAGGAACUCUGGAGCUCUGUCAGAAUGACCAUCGGGUUCUUGGUCACCUCCCUGACCAAGGCCCUUCUCCCCCGAUUGCUCAGUUAGGCCGGGCAGCCAGCUCUAGGAAGAGUCUUGGUGGUUCCAAAAUGAUGGAGGCCACAGUGUUCUAGGGGACCUUCAAUGCAUCGAGGCAGUCUGUAGCUAUGCUAACCAUCUCUCUCUCUCUCUCUCCCAGGAGGUGGUCCCAGUGAAGUCGCCGCCCAGAAGGGGCCGAGCGGAGCGCAUGGUGGUGAAGGAGGAGGAGGAGAAGCCUGAGCCAGAGAAGGUGCCCUCGCCGCCCGAGGAGAAAAGGGAGCCCAAAGAAAGGGAGAUUAAAAAGGAGAAGGAGGAGAGCCGGGAGGUGAAAGAGAAGGAGCUUAAAGAGAAGAAGGACACCAAGCAUGUGGAGCCAGUACAUAAACAGGAAGAGGUCACAGGGGAGAAGGUAAGACAUCGCCACGUUGGGAAUAGUCAGAAAGGAUUGAAAAACGUGCAGUUCGUUGCACUGCAAAUAUGAAACUAAAUAAAUAAGCACUAAAGUCAGUCAGGUACGGCUUUUACGGCGUCUUAUUACACGGUUUAUAAUAAGUUAUGUCUCUCUACGUAGAAAAUCUUCAUCUUUACGAUUGUCAUUUAUUUAUUGUCAUUUUGUGGUUAGCAGCCGUGCGAGGUGAAGGCUGAGGUACGAGAUAAGGUGAAGAAGGCCUCAGACACUCCAGUCCACAUCACAGCAGGAGACGAGAACGUGCCCAUCUCAGAAGAGUCGGAGGAACUCGACCAGAAGACCUUCAGUGUGGUGAGUCACGUGUCAGUGACGCAACUAUGUCAAAAACACAACGUCCACUCAGUCAGUGAGUCAAAAUGUCAACAAAUGAGUCAUGACGUCUAGGAUCCAAGUCGAAGCGUCUAGGGACCUAGUCGAAACGUCUACAUUUACAUUUUAGUGAUUUAGCAGACGCUCUUAUCCAGCGACUUACAGGAGCAAUUAGGGUUAAGUGCCUUUUUUAAGGGCACAUCGACAGAUUUUUCACCUAGUCGGCUCGUGGAUUAGAACCAGCGACCUUUCGGUUACUGGCACAAUGCUCUUACCCACUAAGCUACAUGCCGCCCUGACUAGGGACCUAGUCGAAGCGUCUAGGGACCGAGUCCAAACGUCUAGGGACCGAGUCCAAACGUCUAGGAACCGAGUCAAAACCCUAGUCAAAAUGUAUAGGGAGCUAGUCAAAACUCCAAUGGUCAGAAAAUGCUGUAAAUUUGUCCAAUUGAUCUAGUAUUUGUAUUGAUAUUUGUCAUGGUAACUCAAAUACCAUCUUGCCAAUGUUGGCCCUCCAAACACUGUAUAUAUCCUGUCUGUGUGUCCCUCAGUGCAAGGAGAGGAUGCGACCGGUCAAGGCGGCCCUGAAGCAGCUGGACCGGCCGGAGAAGGGCCUAUCGGAACGCGAGCAGCUGGAGCACACGCGCCAGUGCCUCAUCAAGAUCGGAGACCACAUCACUGAGUGUCUCAAGGAGUACUCCAACCCCGAGCAGAUAAAACAGUGGAGAAAGUAAGGCGCUCUAUAUAUUUUAUUUAUUUAUUUAUUAGAAUCCCUAUUAGCUGUUGUUACUAAAGCAACUACUCUUCCUGUGGUCCACAAUAUAAGUUCACGAUAUGAGUGCACGUUCAAAGUUUUGUUAUAAUCAAUUUGCAGAUUGAGAUCAAGCCCUCUUUGAAAUACAUGAUAUUGACAUUUAUUUUUGUCAUACCUUUGGUUAUUGUCUGAUAUACACACAGCUGGAAUGCUGUUGUAUUCAGGAUCCAAACUACCCGGUUUAUUAAUACAAACAACAACGUCAUUACAUCCUUAGGGAAAUUGGACAGGCAUGGCAUUGGCAAACUAACUGAAUGUUCAUUUACUGUUUGAAGUUUUGUAACGUUUCAUUACUAUGGGUAUAAAGACAAUUCAUAAUCCAAUUCAAAACUUGCCUUGAGGCUACAGGUACAGUGCCUUGCAAAAGUAUUCAUCCCCCAUAGCGUUUUUCCUAUUUUGUUGCAUUACAACCUGUAAUUUAAAUGGAUUUUUAUUUGGAUUUCAUGUAAUGGAUAUACACAAAAUAGUCCAAAUUGGUGAAGUUAAAUGAAAGUAAUAACUUGUUUUAAAAAAUUCGACCAAAUAAAUAACGGAAAAGUGGUGCGUGCAUAUGUAUUCACCCCCUUUGCUAAGAAGCCCCUAAAUAAGAUUUUGUGCAACCAAUUACCUUCAGAAGUCACAUAAUUAGUUAAAUAAAGUCCACCUGUGUGCAAUCUAAGUGUCACAUGAUCUGUCACAUGAUCUCAGUGUAUAUAUACACCUGUUCUGAAAGGCCCCAGAGUCUGCAACACCACUAAGCAAGGGGCACCACCAAGCAAGCGGCUUCAUGAAGACCAAGGAGCUAUCCAAACAGGUCAGGGACAAAGUUGUGGAGAAGUACAGAUCAGGGUUGGGUUAUAAAAAAAUAUCUGAAACUUUAAACAUCCCACGAUGCACCAUUUUUUAAAUCCAUUAUUAAAAAAUGGAACUAAUAUGGUACCACAACAAACCUGCCAAGAGAGGGCCGCCCACCAAAACUCACGGACCAGGCAAGGAGGGCAUUAAUCAGAGAGGCAACAAAGAGACCAAAGAUAACCCUGAAGGAGCUGCAAAGCUCCACAGCGGCGAUUGGAGUAUCUGUCCAUAGGACCACUUUAAGCCGUACACUCCACAGAGCUGGGCUUUGCGGAAGAGUGGCCAGAAAAAAGCCAUUGCUUAAAGAAAAAGAUAAGCAAACAUGUUUGGUGUUUGCCAAAAGGCAUGUGGGAGACUCCCCAAACAUAUGGAAGAAGGUACUCUGGUCAGAUGAGACUAAAAUUGAGCUUUUUGGCCAUCAAGGAAAACGCUAUGUCUGGCACAAACCCAACACCUCUCAUCACCCCAAGAACACCAUCCCCACAGUGAGGCAUGGUGGUGACAGCAUCAUGCUGUGGGGAUGUUUUUAAUCGGCAGGGACUGGGAAACUGGUCAGAAUUGAAGGAAUGAUGGAUGGCGCUAAAUACAGGGAAAUUCUUGAGGGAAACCUGUUUCAGUCUUCGAGAGAUUUGAGACAGGGACAGAGGUUCACCUUCCAGCAGGACAAUGACCCUAAGCAAACUGCUAAAGCAACAGUCGAGUGGUUUAAGGGGAAACAUUUAAAUGUCUUGGAAUGGCCUAGUCAAAGCCCAGACCUCAAUCCAAUUGAGAAUCUGUGGUAUGACUUAAAGAUUGCUGUACACCGAUGGAACCCAUCCAACUUGAAGGAGCUGGAGCAGUUUUGCCUUGAAGAAUGGGCAAAAUCCCAGUGGCUAGAUGUGCCAGGCUUAUAGAGACAUACCCCAAGAGACUUGCAGCUGUAAUUGCUGCAAAAGGUGGCUCUACAAAGUAUUGACUUUGGGGGGGUGAGUAGUUAUGCACGCUGAAGUUUUCUGUUUUUUGUCUUACUUCUUAUUUCACAAGAAAAAAAUAUUUUGCAUCUUCAAAUGAUACAAACCCCCAAAAAAUCCAUUUUAAUUCCAGGUUGUAAGGCAACAAAUAUGAAAAAUGCCAAGGGGGGUGAAUAGUUUCGCAAGCCACUGUUUGUGAUGCCGCGGUCAGACGCGCUUUAAAAGCAACCAAAAAAGGAAAAUCAAAAGCUUCAACAGUAUAAAAACCAACAAACAAAUGUAUUUUCCAAACAAAGGUAAUUUCCUAGGCUAUGUUCCAUCCAUGAUCAAAGCCAAAGCGAUCUGAUAUAAACGGUAAACAAAAGGGUAUAGACUAGUAGCAGCUUUCUUAGUUCCAAGUAUUAGCAGUCAAAAACUGUAUUGUACCGCCAUACCGGAGGCCUGGCUGAGCAAUACUACCAAAGCACUAAAUAUGUAUACGAAAGGGGAAAGGGGUGUGCCCAGGAGAGGCUCCGUAUUGCUUUUAAAUUAUUGCUUUUAAAUACCCAUGAUAGCCAUAGUAGAAAACCAAAAACAUGAGUUCAACAACCAUACUCCAUAAUUUAUAAUGCAAUAUUCAUACUUAUAUUUAAUAAAUCAAUAUUUCCUGAUUUCGAAUUAGGCUAAUCAAUUAAAGUGAGACUGAAAGUAAGGGAAUUUGGCUCCAACAUUUCUGCCCCUAGUCCCAUCAAAACAAUUACAACUGUCAAAACAUAGAGGGAGGCAAAGUUCAAUAGUCCAUUAGGAGAAAAUAAAAUAUAGAUAUCUUUAGUAAUGUGUGUGUUCCAAGGAAUGUCAGUAUGCAUGUGGGUGUACGGGGGAUGAAAAGGGGUGUGUGGUUUGCUAUGCGGGGGCCUCCAGCAGCAGACAUACACUACAUGACCAAAAGUAUGUGGACACCUGCUCAUCGAACAUUUCAUUCCACAAUCAUGGGCAUUAAUAUGGAGUUGGUCCCCCCUCCACUCUUCUGGGAAGGUUUUCCACUAGAUGUCGGAACAUUGCUGUGGGGACUUGCUUCUAUUCAGCCACAAGAGAAUUAGUGAGGUCGGGCACUGAUGUUGUGCGAUUAGGUCUGGAUCGCUGUCGGAGUUCCAAUUCAUCCCAAAGGUGUUCGAUGGGGUUAAGGUCAGGGCUCUGUGCAGGCCAGUCAAGUUCUUCCACACCGACCUCGCUUUGUGCACGGGAGCAGGAUAGCUGGGUGCUUAGAUUGUGCUGGCAUAGCUGACCUGCUCAAUCUACCUCCUACUCUCAUCACAUCAGACCAUCUUGGAACACUAGAGACAGUUUGAAGAUGGCUGUUCCUUUUUACCAUUGAGCCUUUCUUCAGAGCUACCAUUUCAUAUGGAAUACAUUCUCCUCUGACAAAAACAAACAAUUUGAUCUUCUGCAUCCAUGAGCUUGUCCACAGAGACCUUUUGAACAGUGUUCUUUUCUAGCCCUUCAAUUGCUUCUCCAUCAUAUUCUUGUUUUCCUCAUCUUUUUGUCCCAAACUUAGAUUAUUUCUUUUCUCACACACUUUCUCACACGCUUUAAUGCACUUUUAACCUUUAGGAUCCAUGCAACCACUCUUCUGAGGCGGUGCCACUCCAAGUAGUGAGAAAUGAGGUUAGAGUUUGAUCUGGCAUUCCAACUCUGGCUGCGUUAGGAAGUCUGGUCCUGAAAUCCAUGUCUCAUUUUUCAGGAAGACUUUUGCUGAGACACAUCUGGAGGCAUAGUUAGUAGGGUUCAGCAAAGUAUUCACGUCUCCACUGAGACACAUCUGAAGCUUCCCUAAUGGCAGUGGCUCUGUUAGCAACAAAGGUGUGAAAUCUUGCAGUAUCAUUUCUGACAUAUUUUAAGACCGAUGUGCUGUGAGUCCAAAGAACUGAUGGUUUGAGUGAUAGCUCCAACUCUGCUCUCAUCAUCUUGUCCACACGUACAGCAACUGUGGCAGCUGUGAGCACCAUACGUGGUAUGGUGACUGUUUUUAAUGGUGCGACCCUGGCCUUACCCAUGAUGAAAGCACAGUGAACUUAACGCUCUCUGUUAUUCAACAACAGGUAAGUGACAGUGCUAUAACCAUUCUCACUGGCAUCAGCAAAGUGAUGGACUUGAGCGAAAACUGGUUCUCCAAAAUCACUGAGUUUGAUGCAUCUCUUGACCUCGUAGUCAGACAGCUGGUUCAGAUCCAUCAACCAGUUACACCAUCUUAGAACCAGAACUUCAGGGAUGCUCUUAUCCCAUCCAAGUUUCAUCCUGCACAGAUCUUGCAAUAUACCGAGCGGGUCAUAAACAGAGCUCACCAUAGAAAGAAGGCCUCUUCUGUUAAGUGGUCUGUCCUUCAUUAAUAUUUUGAACUUUAGUGAGUCCGAUUCAACGCAGCAGUGUACUCCAAGGGCUCUUUCUACUGGUAGCAUGUCCUGAUCCAAGUCCAAAUCCUUUAUCUCCUUUGCUGUCUCCUCUUCAGGAAUAGAGGCAAUAACAACUCAACUGUUGCUGAUCCAUUUGUUCAGUCUUAAGCCUCCUUUAGCACACAAGUUUGUGAGGUCCUGAGUAAGUGUCAAGGCUUCAUCCUCACUUGCCAUUGACUUUAGACAGUCAUCCACGUUGAAGUUUCUCAGAACUGCUUCUGACUUGAAACUGUCUGUGUGGUCCUUUUGCACAUUGCUUCAGAGCACAACUGGCACAUUGGAGAUGAAAUGGCCUCAAAGAUAUGCAUCACCAUUUUGUACUCCUCCAGCUCCUUUUCCAGAUCUCCAUUUGGCCACCAGAGAAAAUUCAGAAGGUCUGUAUCCUGCCCUGGUGGAACAUGGCUUCAAUGUCUGCCAUGGAGGCAACAGGCUCUUGGCGAAAUCAGGACAAAAUACAAGUAAGACAGUUUGUCAAGUCUGGGCCCUGUAGAAGCUGAGCAUUCAGUGGUGUCUCUUGAUAGGCGGCUCCACAUUCAAAUACCACCCUUAGCUUGUGCUUUUUGGGAUGAUAUACACCGUGGUGUGGGAUUUAACAAACUCUCUUGCUGCUGUCAUUCUGAGAGUCUCUUGGCACCUUCACUGCAAAGCCUUUGUCUGUCAUGAACUUGGUGUAGUCCUCACAGAACUGAGGAUUCUUGCUGAGUUUUCUUUUCAGGUUGAGAGCACGCUGUACUGCCACACAGUGGUUGUUAAGAAAUUCAGCAUCCUCAUUCAUGGCUGACUGAGAGACACGCUCCAUGAAGAGAUGGUCUUCUCUUGACAUUUCAAGCUGCUCCUCAUGGUGGCGCUCUGGGAAGCCAUGCUUAAAAACCUGUUGCUGAAGCAGCUCUUCCAGCUCUACGACAAAGAUUAUGUGUGCCAUUAUAUGAGACUGCCCAUAGGUGGAGACAUUGCCCUUUUUUAGAGGCCCAUUCACAAUCCAGCGCAGUGGUUUUCACAGCGUAUAGGCCCUCUCCUUGGCUGUACUGCCCGAAUCUAGAAAGACAUGUUUCCACUGUUCUCGUACUUUUUUCCAUUUUCACCCUCACAGGCACGAUGGCUUGGAUGCAAUCAGGAUCCCCGGCCCAAGUGUGACUCCCAGCAUCUCCAUCCAAUUUAAAAAACGCACUGGUAACACUGCUCUCUGUUUUCAUUGCUUUUGCAGCUGUUAACCUCUUUGUAGGUGAUGUGCAACAUGGUUGGAUGUUUACAUGAACACACUUUACAAGGAAGUCUUUGCAUCCUUUGCUCAUGUGUCCAGGGGUCAGACAACCAAAACAGACUCCCUUGUUCUUCAAAAAGUCCAACUUCUCUUGAUGUGACUUCUUGUUCAGUUCUGUGCACGUGCCUAGUUCUCUUUGACAGAAUGGACACUGCCUGAGUGCCACACCAGAGUUAUUGCCAACCCAGCUCUUCUCUGUUUUCACAGCUGGUGUGACGCUGGUGGCAAAACCAAAACCACUUUCUCACUUUCAGAACACUUGGCCUACUCACAGGUCCUGAACCUCCCAUCACUGCUGCAGUGGGGGUUUCCGUUAUGUUUACAAAUACAGGAUGACAUGCUAUCCUGGCUUGGCGAUCAACAAAGGUAACCAGAUCAGCAAACCUGGCUCUCCUUCCAUUUCUCUCCUGUAGGUCAUAAGCCGCCCCUCCCUGUUUUUCUUUCAUAUUAUACGGCAGCUUUGAGACUAUGGCUCUCAUAUUUGAUGGGCUGACCAUUUCCUCCAUAUGUUGAACAGUAUCCAUAGUGUUGCAGCAUCCAGUGAGAGAAACUACAAAGGCUUGUAGGGAUUCUGAAACUUCAACCUUGAUUGGUGACCAGCUUAGAGCUUUCUCAAUGUAAGCUUUGGCGAUUCUAUACUUAUCUCCAAAGAGUUUUUUCAGAAGCUGUUUGGCCUCUGCAUACUCUGUCACCCUCCAUAUGUUGGCAAAUGCAGACUAGAUCUCUGGAUUGCCCCAUGGUGAAAUGCCAAAAAGGACAGCCUGUCUUUGCUGUUCUUGAUCCUAUCUUCAAUAGCAUGUUCAAAGGCACGUACAAAUAACCUGUAGUCUAGUGGGUCACCCUUAAACACUGGUACACUAAGAGGUGGUAAUGAGGACAACCUUUGCUGCCUUACCAGUGUUUCAGUGAUAUCAUUUUGGUGUUGCAUAAUGUUGACGAUACUGCCCAUGUCAGCUCCACCCUGAUCUGGGUUGAUAGACAGCUGCCACUUCCAACUAGAGGAGGAAGGCCUAUCUUUUGGUCUUACAACAGGUGGUAUGUGGUGGUAGCACGUUGUUGCAACAUACUACUUUGACCCUGGCCCUAUGCAGUAUGAACAGACGUGGUGAACAAUGAGGAUCCCAGGUCAGCCAUGGUGUGUGAUUGUCUGCUAUGGAGACCUGUGACAACCUGAGUGGUGGUGGGCACCUUUUUUUCUUUGAGUAACCUUCCCUGAGGUAUCCUCGGGCCUUCCCAUUAAAUUAAAGUAAUUGUGCAUUCCUUCCUCUGAUUUGUUUCCCAUUCCUUGAGUGGCUUCAUACAUUCAGCUUAGCACUGUUAGCCAAUAUUUCAGCUUCUAGCUCCAAUUCUUUUUCCUUAAGUUCCUUAAGUUUCCAUUGGAUCCAUUGUAAAGGCAGGUUAUAGCACUGAACAUCAAUCCCAUUCAAUUCCAUUGAUUUGCAUCCGUCAGCACAGUAUGAACACAUUUUAGCACGGCGCAGCUUAAUGAAUGAGCCCAACACAUGACGUUAUCACAACACCGAUACGACAGCCAAUCAGCAAAGCGUCCACUUUUCUCUCCGCUCCACAGUGAGCUCUCAACUCCGAGCGCAAAUCGAACAACAGACACGCGAUUCCAAGCUCCAAUUCUCAAAAGUUCCAUGAAUUCAUCCAACAACACAUCAAGCAUAUUGAGCAAUAGAAAGAGCAACCACAAUUCACUCCCCUCUCUCCACAGUGAGAAGCGCAAAUCAAACAGUCAGAGCUUCAAUAGCAUAAAUCAAUAGCGUCACUUGGAAUAUACAGUAGAGUAGCAGCGCUUGUUUUACCUUGUUCGAAUUCAAUCUUUACCUCCAAUCCAUUAAUCGGCUUUCCAUCCAGCGAUAGUUUUUGACAAAUAUAAAGGCAAUACGUAAUCCAAUUCUAAACUUGCCUCAAGGCUACAGGUAUGUGUGUGAUGCUGCGGUCAGAUACGCUUCCAAAGCAACCAAAAAAGGAGAAUCAAAAGCUUCCAAUAGUAUAAAAACAAACAUUUAUUUUACAAGCAAAGGUAAUUUCAUAGGCUAUGUUCCAUCCAUGACCAAAGCCAAAGCGAUCGGAUUUAAAGGGUUAACAAACGGGUAUAGACUAGUAGCAGCUUUCUUAGUUCCAAAUAUUAACUGUAAGGUACCACCACACUUGAGGCCUGGCUGAGCCAUACUACUAGGGGAACAUGGGGGGGAAAGGGGUGUGCCCAGGAGAGGCUCCAUAUUGCUUUUAAAAACCCAUGAUAACCAUAAUAGAAAACCAAAAACAUGAGUUCAUCAACCAUACUCCAUAAUGAAUUAUGUAAUAUUGAUACUUACAGUGGGGAGAACAAUUAUUUGAUACACUGCCGAUUUUGCAGGUUUUCCUACUUACAAAGCAUGUAGAGGUCUAAUUUUUAUCAUAGGUACACUUCAACUGUGAGAGACGGAAUCUAAAACAAAAAUCCAGAAAAUCACAUUGUAUGAUUUUUAAGUAAUUAAUUUGCAUUUUAUUGCAUGACAUAAGUAUUUGAUCACCUACCAACCAGUAAGAAUUCUGGCUCUCACAGACCUGUUAGUUUUUCUUUAAGAAGCCCUCCUGUUCUCCACUUAUUACCUGUAUUAACUGCACCUGUUUGAACUCGUUACCUGUAUAAAAGACACCUGUCCACACACUCAAUCAAACAGACUCCAACCUCUCCACAAUGGCCAAAACCAGAGAGCUGUGUAAGGACAUCAGGGAUAAAAUUGUAGACCUGCACAAGGCUGGGAUGGGCUACAGGACAAUAGGCAAGCAGCUUGGUGAGAAGGCAACAACUGUUGGCGCAAUUACUAGAAAAUGGAAGAAGUUCAAGAUGACGGUCAAUCACCCUCAGUCUGGGGCUCCAUGCAAGGUCUCACCUCGUGGGGCAUCAAUGAUCAUGAGGAAGGUGAGGGAUCAGCCCAGAACUACACGGCAGGACCUGGUCAAUGACCUGAAGAGAGCUGGGACCACAGUCUAAAAGAAAACCAUUAGUAACACACUAUGUCAUCAUGGAUUAAAAUCCUGCAGCGCACGCAAGGUCCCCCUGCUCAAGCCAGCGCAUGUCCAGGCCCGUCUGAAGUUUGCCAAUGACCAUCUGGAUGAUCCAGAGGAGUAAUGGGAGAAUGUCAUGUGGUCUGAUGAGACAAAAAUAGAGCUUUUUGGUCUAAACUCCACUCGCCGUGUUUGGAGGAAGAAGAAGGAUGAGUACAACCCCAAGAACACCAUCCCAACCGUGAAGCAUGGAGGUGGAAACAUCAUUCUUUUUGGAUGCUUUUCUGCAAAGGGGACAGGACGACUGCACCGUAUUGAGGGGAGGAUGGAUGGGGCCAUGUAUCGCGAGAUCUUGGCCAACAACCUCCUUCCCUCAGUAAGAGCAUUGAAGAUGGGUCGUGGCUGGGUCUUCCAGCAUGACAACGACCCGAAACACACAGCCAGGGAAACUAAGGAGUGGCUCUGUAAGAAGAAUCUCAAGGUCCUGGAGUGGCCUAGCCAGUCUCCAGACCUGAACCCAAUAGAACAUCUUUGGAGGGAGCUGAAAGUCCGUAUUGCCCAGCGACAGCCCCGAAACCUGAAGGAUCUGGAGAAGGUCUGUAUGGAGGAGUGGACCAAAAUCCCUGCUGCAGUGUGUGCAAACCUGGUCAAGACCUACAGGAAACGUAUGAUCUCUGUAAUUGCAAACAAAGGUUUCUGUACCAAAUAUUAAGUUCUGCUUUUCUGAUGUAUCAAAUACUUAUGUCAUGCAAUAAAAUGCACAUUAAUUACUUAAAAAUCAUACAAUAUGAUUUUGUGGAUUUUUGUUUUAGAUUCCGUCUCUCACAGUUGAAGUGUACCUAUGAUAAAAAUUACAGACCUCUACAUGGUCCUGGGGUCCUCUGUAGCUCAGCUGGUAGAGCACGGCGCUUGUAACGCCAAGGUAGUGGGUUCGAUCCCCGGGACCACCCAUACACAAAAUAUAUGCACGCAUGACUAAGUCGCUUUGGAUAAAAGCGUCUGCUAAAUGGCAUAUUAUAUUAUAUUAUUAUAUUACAUGCUUUGUAAGUAGGAAAACCUGCAAAAUCGGCAGUGUAUCAAAUGCUUGUUCUCCCCCCAUUCAAUAAGUCAAUAUUUCCUGAUUCGAAUUAGGCACAACAUAUUAUUUUUUGGGUGAGACUUAAGGUAAAGGAAUUUGGCUCCAACACUGGGGUUAUGAAAUGUAGCUCAGGGCAAGCUACAAAUAAAUCUGUGACAUACUCACUGUAGAUUUAUGUCCUCUUGCAAUUGAACAGAUCUGGACAUGUACCUUUACCAUUGAUUGCAUGCAUACCAUAAUUUAUGGGGCUCCUUGUAUCAAGGACCAGAGUGUUGACUUAAAUGUCUGUUUUUUUGUUUUUAGAAACCUGUGGAUAUUUGUUUCAAAGUUCACAGAAUUUGAUGCAAGAAAAUUGCAUAAAUUGUAUAAGCACGCAAUCAAGAAAAGACAAGAGAAUGCUCAGGUAUGUAUAACACUGGGCCUUGCCGAAUGAGCUACUGUUCUUGUGCAUCAAUUGACCUCAUAAAGGUCUGCUAAAUAAUAAAGUGAUACAAAUUCAGAUUGCAUUUCCUAUCUUUCCAAAUUGAGUGUUAAUGGCAGUGGUUUAUGAGGCUUCUCUUUUACAGGCAGCUGACCAGAACACUAGCACUGUAAAUACCCAUGGCUUUAAACACACAGGUAUGUCCUUUCACUUGUCUUUUUAGUCAGUCUUUAUUUUAGGAUUGAUUUGUGUUUGUUUGCUAUCUUGGACUGGUCUCUUGAUUUUUUUUGUUGUUGAUGCGAUUAAUUUAACCAGGUUAAAUGAAGGAUACAUGUAAAAAUAUGAAUAAACAAUGAGAUAAAAAGCAAUUCUGUGUAGCCUUACUAACCCUGGCUGUUCUUCCUCUCCUCUUGGCCCAGACAUCGAGAGGCUGAAGGACAACUCUCACCACGAAGACAGCAGCAGGGACCGCUACAGCUCUGAGCGGCACCACUCUUCGUCACGCUACCACGAGCACAGCGGCAGCAAGGACCGUGACAACCGGGACAGGCAUACCUCCGUGGACCCCUACAACAGGAAGUGGGGGAGCGGGGGAGAAUCCAGGAAGAGACCCUACUUGUCCUUCAGCAACGGCAAAGACCACCAAGUCCACUACCGGUCAGACCGGCAGGACAGCAGGUAAGACCACCUAUAUAGUCUUUAAAGGUAUCUUUUUUUUGUCAUACUAGUAAGGGGUUAAUUUGAAAUUAGUGGUAAUUAAGGGACAUUAUUUUGUGUUGAUUUUAUUUUUACUGACUGGAUUAUUGUUGUACUGAUUGAUUUUUUUAAAUUAUUUUUUUAUAGUUCUAGAAUCUAGCGCAACUCAAUGCCUUGUUUCUUAACAAAUUGGUCCCAUUGUGGAUCAGAUAACUAGGUAACUAAUCAUUUCUGUAUAUUGGAUUUCUGUGCUGGUCAGUCUUGCUCAUGGUGUCCCCCAUCCAUCUCUCUGACAGAUACUACAACGACACUAAGCACAGGAAGGUGGACGAGCACCGGUCAGGCCGAGACAGACGGAUGGACAGCAAGGAGCGCUUCAACUCAGACCACCACUCGCAUUCCGAACACCGCUCAUACUCAGAGCACAAGUCGUCAUCACGAGGCGACUCCUACCGCUACCACUCAGACUGGCAGAUAGACCACCGGGCGUCGGCCAGCGGGCCCCGUUCACCGUGCGACCAGCGCUCGUCCUAUGACGGACGCUCGCCUCUGGGCCACCGUUCGCCUUUCGAGUACUCAUCAGACCACAAGAGCACGCCGGAGCAGAUCUGGAGCAGCCGAAAGACAUAACAGCCAGCUUCGGCCUGGGCCAAAGGAGCUGGCCUAGCGGCGAGAGUAUCAGCCAUAGACACACAUUGAACACAGGAAAUGCCUUAUGGGGAAUGUGGAAGAAAACAAAGCUGUACUGUGCACUGUGUAUCUGUGGGCUCAGCGUACCUGUGGUGUCCACUCUGCAAUAGUGCACCACAUCCCAGGAACGAUAGGGGUGGGAGCAGGAUGACAGACAUUUUAAUAUUUUUUUAUUUAAAAGUUGAAAGCUGCACUGUGCCAUAGGUGUCGCAGCAUAGUUUCUUUUCUUAUUUUUAUAAAAUGGACGCC